AUGAAUUCAUUACAUGAAAUGAAUAUAGAUAAUAUAAAAUCAUCCAUUGAUCCUUGGGAUAUUACUAAUCCAUAUUGGAAUGAAGCAUUUUUAAAUGGUCCAUCUUUAUCAAAUUCGUCUUCGUCGUCGUCAUCAUCAUCCUCCUCCUCAUCAUCAUCAUCAUCAUCGGAAACUAGACUAGAUUCUAUUCAAUCACAUUAUAUACCAAUAAUAUCUAUUAAUUUCAAUGAUAUUUAUGAUGCUAUUUAUGAAUUCUAUUUAUUUAUUAUAAAACAAUGUCAAUUCUAUUUCUAUUAUUUAAUUUAUAAAAUAAUUAUGAUUUUAUUUAUUUAUUUUAAAUCAUCAAUUAAUUAUUGGUUAAUGAAUUAUUUUAUACAAUCUAUUUAUGAAAUAAUUUCUGAUGAGAAUUUAGCUCAUAUAUUAAAUAAUAUUAAAACAAGUAUAUUCUUUCAUUCUUCUAAAAAAACUGAUAUGGAUAAGUCAGAACGUAAAGAAAAAGCACGUAUUGCAAUGAAAAAGCGAUUCUAAGUAAGUAUUUACAUUAUAUUGAGUAUUGCAUGUUUUUUUCUUUGUGUAAUUUUGUUAAGAAAAUUGUAAUGACCAUGUGGCUUAUUACUUUCAUUUUAAUUGAGAAACCAAUACAAUUCCUGUGUUGCGCGAAAUAGCAACACAGAAGAUGGAUACAUGUAAAGAUUUAUUAAGACAUUGUGUUCUGGUUAGUGUUUUUUUUUAGCGAGUUAGUUUUCUACGGAAUGGGGUCGCUAACCCUAUGCCCAACCCUCCUCCUUUAUCCGGGCUUGGGACCGGCAGUAACUCUAGAAGAGUUACAGGUGGAGUUAAGACAUUGUAUUAGAUCAAAUAUUCUCUGAUGUUCAAAUUGACGUAUAGAUUCAGUUUAGGGUUAUUAGAUGUGGCUGAAUGAUCAACUGACAUUGAUGAUUAGCGAUGUGUUGUAUUUUAAGUUACUACUUAUCUCUCUCCCUCCUAAUGUUCCAUCUUGAUAUCAUCCACGCUACUAAAACAGAAUCAAACAGAUUAGUGAAUAACAAAUUUGUAUAUUUUAAUUUAAUGCUAGAUAGUUGAAAAUGUUUGACUAGGAUAUUUAUGGACCCUAUGUAGUUCUCAUGCUAUUUUUACACUAUUAUCAAGGUGUCAUUAUUUACAAACUUAAGAUAAAUAACCAAUGGUUGGAGACUCUUGG